AUGGAUGAUAACCUAUCCACUGCUGUCAAGGAGGCCUUCGUCCGGUUUUACGAUGAAGGCAAGAUCUAUCGUGACACUAGGUUGGUCAAUUGGUGUCCCUAUUUGCGCACUGCACUUAGUGAUCUUGAGGUCGAUCACAUCGACAUCGAUAAGAGGACCCUCCUCUCGAUCCCUGGCCUGUCUGAUGCUAAGGUAGAGGUUGGUGUUUUGGUGGAGUUCAAAUAUCCUCUCAAGGAGGACCCUACCAAGUAG